UUCCCUGCCUGCGGCCGGGGCGCGCCCCUCCGCUCGGGCGCGGGGCGGGCGCUGGCCGAGGGGCUGGCCCGUCCCCUCCCCCGGCCAGCCUCAGCCCCAUCCCGGCCGGCGCGGCGCCCCCAUUCCCGAGUCGCCGCUCGGCUCGCUCGCUCGGUGCCUGCCUGCGGGCCGCUCCCUUCUCCCGACGAUGGCGCGUGACGGCCGCGGCCGCCGCCUGGGGCUCGCCCUGGGGCUGCUGCUGGCGCUGGCGCUGGCGCCCCGGGCGCUGCGGGCCAAGCCCACGGUGCGCAAGGAGCGCGUGGUGCGACCCGACUCGGAGCUGGGCGAGCGGCCGCCCGAGGACAACCAGAGCUUCCAGUACGACCACGAGGCCUUCCUGGGCAAGGAGGACUCCAAGACCUUCGACCAGCUCACCUCGGAGGAGAGCAAGGAGAGGCUGGGGAAGAUUGUCGAUCGCAUCGACAGUGAUGGGGACAGCUUUGUCACCACUGAGGAGCUGAAAACCUGGAUCAAACGUGUACAGAAAAGAUACAUCUAUGAUAAUGUUGCUAAAGUCUGGAAGGAUUAUGAUCGGGACAAAGAUGAUAAAAUUUCCUGGGAAGAAUACAAACAAGCUACCUACGGUUAUUACCUAGGAAAUCCCACAGAGUUCCAUGAUACGUCAGAUCACCACACCUUUAAAAAGAUGCUGCCACGUGACGAGAGAAGGUUCAAGGCUGCCGAUCUUGACAGUGACCAGACAGCCACUCGGGAGGAGUUCACUGCCUUUCUGCACCCUGAGGAGUUUGAGCAUAUGAAAGAAAUUGUGGUUUUGGAAACUCUGGAGGACAUUGACAAGAACGGGGACGGGUUUGUGGAUCAGGAUGAGUACAUUGCGGAUAUGUUUUCCCACGAGGAGAGUGGCCCUGAGCCAGACUGGGUUUUGUCAGAGCGGGAGCAGUUUAAUGAAUUCCGGGAUCUGAACAAGGACGGGAAGUUAGACAAAGAUGAGAUUCGCCACUGGAUCCUCCCUCAAGAUUAUGACCAUGCACAGGCCGAGGCCAGGCACCUGGUGUAUGAGUCGGACAAAAACAAGGAUGAAAAGCUAACUAAAGAGGAGAUAUUGGAGAACUGGAACAUGUUUGUUGGAAGCCAAGCUACCAAUUAUGGGGAAGAUCUCACAAAAAAUCAUGAUGAACUUUGAUAUACAAACACCAUAACAGGGCAGACUGUCAUAGGCUUUCCUUAUUGUCUUGGAUGGUUGCUACAGAUGUCUCAUUUACAGCAGUCAUGUCCCUGAAACAGCAAGUUUAUAACAUCAGAUUGUAACUAAAACUGUUUUUCACUCAGUAUUUCCUGGAAAAUAGUCAUUGUUCUUCUUUCAGUAAUCUCCACACUAAAACCUUUGUAAAUUAUAAUGCUUUAUGGGGGGGAUACAUUGCUAAAACAUUUUAGAUUUUUCCAUUAAAUGGAAACUAAAGGGGAAUAAAAUUAGAAAAAGCCCUAUAUUCAGAAGUUGGGUGAACUUGGGGACACAGGCAGAACAUGGAGUAACUGCUAUGUAUUUUAACUGAGAAUAUUUUACAUUUGCCACUGUUGAAUAGUUAGUGAGGAAAAGUUCUGAUUAAGCUACAGUGGUAUCAUUCUAUGUAGGCUUAUUCAGAGCAAGUCUAAUAUUGCAUAUUUUUCCUUCUUGACUUUGUAUUCUGAGCUGUCACUGUAAAUGGUAUAAAAAAAACCUCUGUGCAUUUUUCUAUAUGGACCUGCUAAUGUGCACAACAAAUCCCCAUCUUUGUUUUUUUUUGUUUGUACAAUAAGAAGAAAUUAAGAAAGAUAAUGUGAAAAAGAAAGGGAUUUUUGAGGUAGAGAAAAGAUGGAUGUCAGUCAUUUAAAGAACUAUAGGAAAAUAAUAAAUUUUAUACUUGAGAAAUUAUUCUUGACAUGUAAAUGAGGUAGGUCUGACCUUUGAAAAAGUGAAUAGAAUCACAGUCCAUUUCCUCAGUGAUCAUCAAUAGGAACGAAGAGUGGGAUCCUAGGGAAGCCCAUCCAGUGGAGUUCUGGGACCUUCCAUGACCUUGGGCUUACAUCAUGGAGUUAAGACAAGGUGAUUUCCAAGCCAUUGGCUGAACUGGCUGGAACAACUUUUACAGACUGAAAUUCCACCUUCUAAGUACAAAGUGAAUGAAAUAAAGGAUCACCCUUAGGAUUUUC